AAUGGUCACCAUGUAGUAACGUAACGUUCAUCCGCUUGUCAGUCCAAGAUGGCGGCGCUCGUUGGGCUUCGUGCAUGUUUCUCCGGUUAGUUACAGUUAUACAACGUAUUCACAACCAAUAUUGUAAUUUACUGCGUUGAAUUAUUAAUAACCUUUAUUUUCCAUUGUAAUUUUUUGCCUUUUAAUCGCGAAGAAACGUAUGUGGGGUUUAAAUGAACCUUAGUGAGCAUGGAUGCUGUAGCAGGCUAGCCGCUCGGCUCGUUCCGCAGGCAGAGCAAGGUCACGUUAAAUAAUAUUAGUUAAACUAGCUAUCUCUUGCGUUGUGAAAACGUUAGGCCUAUCAAAAACGUGUCAGAUACAGUUGAAACGAAAUUAUUUUUCUAACGUUGUAGCUAGCGUCAGAAACAUUUGCAUUUUGAAAGAAUGACAUACAGGGAACAGUAAUGUGUAUAGAAGUAGCCUAGGUUAUGACAGAUAACAAGCCAAUGCACAUUAACGUUAGGUAUGGCCUAGCUUCGUUCCGCAACAUAGCUAAGGGGUUUUGUUGGGACAUUGGUCUUAUGGGUUUUAUAUAAUAAGCCCAAUGUCUCAACAUAAUCCCUUAUGUUGCGUGACGAAGCUAGAUAACCCUAAGCCAUGUCUGUACACCUUGUGAUAUUUAGCUAGCGACUUCUCUUGACACUCAAUUGUCUCGGAGUCCACCUGAUUACUAAAUACAUGUUAUCAUUCUAGCCCUUCAGCUUUCCUCACCCGGUCUCCUGCACAGCUCCUAUAAACUGGUGAGUACCUAGACGGUGUUAUGAGUAUGCAGUCAUUCACACACACUAUGGAACACCAAUCAGGGAUAUAAAAUCGCAGUCCUAGGGGGCAGUAAUGUUUGCUGGUUUUAGUAAUGCAUUGGGUGGCAAAAACUGUCCGUGAUUCAAGUUGCAUUUGCCUUCCUUUUUUUUUGACUGAUCACCUGCUCAUGCGUGUCUUCUGGCCCUGCUGUCCAUUACAAAAACUCUUUUUUUUUCUCUCCCAGUGUGCAGUGCCAUUUACACGGCGGAACUUUGCAGCAGAGGCCAAGGCCAAGAAAACAUACGCCAGAGACAAGCCCCAUGUGAACAUUGGCACGAUUGGCCAUGUCGACCAUGGCAAGACAACUCUAACGGCUGCCAUCACCAAAGGUAACUGAUGUCACCAUUGAAUUUUCUCAGUUUACAUCUGGAUUAGUGAAGUCAAACUAAACAGAUAACAGGCGUACUUGAAACCCAUUGAGUUACUGUGGACUGUUAACCAAUCAAAGCAUCUGCCAGCAGAAUAAAAUGUUCUGUCAGAUGCUGUUUGUUCUCUAUAUUAAGAUAUUGUAUAUGUUUCUAAAUGAGCCUUUGUGGUUCCCAGUGCUGGCUGAGGCUGGAGGUGCCCGCUAUAAGAAGUAUGAGGACAUUGACAAUGCCCCCGAGGAGAAGGCCAGGGGCAUCACCAUCAAUGCAUCCCAUGUAGAGUACACCACAGCCAACAGACACUAUGCACACACAGACUGCCCGGGCCAUGCUGACUACGUCAAGGUAACACAAGCGUUGAACACCCAUUCUAAAAUCCACCUCAAACCCGUACCUCUCUGUUGCCUGGCUACCCAAAGUCCUUGCCCCGGCCAAACACUAGACUACUACAGUAAGCUAGACUACUACAGUAAACUAGACUACUACAGUAAACCAGACUACUACAGUAAACUAGACUACUACAGUAAGCUAGACUACUACAGUAAGCUAGACUACUACAGUAAGCCAGACUAAUACAGUAAGCUAGACUACUACAGUAAACCAGACCACUACAGUAAGAUAGACUACUACAGUAAACCAAACUACUACAGUAAACCAGACUACUACAGUAAGCUAGACUACUACAGUAAGCUAGACUACUACAGUAAGCUAGACUACUACAGUAAGCUAGACUACUACAGUAAGCUAGACUACUACAGUAAACCAGACUACUACAGUAAACCAGACUACUACAGUAAACCAGACUACUACAGUAAGCUAGACUACUACAGUAAGCUAGACUACUACAGUAAGCUAGACUACUACAUUGCAUCCAGUAAUUUAAUUAUUCAGAAUUGUCUCCCCAAACAAAAUUAAGACAGUUUACAUUUUCACUAGACUAUACACAUAAAGACGCCUAUUAAUUUGAAUAACCUCGACUUCGGAUAGGCUAUUAGCGCGCUGGCAAGGUUGAUUGAUUUGUAUUUUAUUUGACCGUUUUAAAAUACAAACUGUUGCUUCAGUCAUGUUGGGACAAUAAUACAGACAUAAAAAAUUAUUUACCCAAAAAUGUAACCUAGGAAAAGUUGAAAGUGUCAUUGAGACCACUUCAAUUUCAUUCAGGCUCAAACGAGACUUCUGUGUUGGCUACAUUGUUUGAUAUAAUUUAAGACUCUAAGUUUCAGGAAAUGGCAGUUACAGGUAAAAAAAAAAAAAAAAAAAAAAAAGAAGCAGCUAAAUGCUCCAACUUCCUGAGGGGGAAGUUGACUAAACCGCUCCAGACCCCUCCCCCCUACCCAACCUUAGGCCUACAUCAGCACCACCUUGUCAGAAACCGCUCCGGACCCUCCCCCCUACCCAACCUUAGGCCUACAUCAGCACCACCUUGUCAGAAACCGCUCCAGACCCCUCCCCCCUACCCAACCUUAGGCCUACAUCAGCACCACCUUGUCAGAAACCGCUCCGGACCCCCCCCCCCCUACCCAACCUUAGGCCUACAUCAGCACCACCUUGUCAGAAACCGCUCCGGACCCUCCCCCCUACCCAACCUUAGGCCUACAUCAGCACCACCUUGUCAGAAACGGCUCCGGACCUCCCCCCUACCCAACCUUAGGCCUACAUCAGCACCACCUUGUCAGAAAACCGCUCCGGACCCUCCCCCCUACCCAACCUUAGGCCUACAUCAGCACCACCUUGUCAGAAACCGCUCCAGACCCCUCCCCCCUACCCAACCUUAGGCCUACAUCAGCACCACCUUGUCAGAAACCGCUCCGGACCCCCCCCCCCUACCCAACCUUAGGCCUACAUCAGCACCACCUUGUCAGAAACCGCUCCGGACCCUCCCCCCUACCCAACCUUAGGCCUACAUCAGCACCACCUUGUCAGAAACGGCUCCGGACCUCCCCCCUACCCAACCUUAGGCCUACAUCAGCACCACCUUGUCAGAAACCGCUCCGGACCCUCCCCCCUACCCAACCUUAGGCCUACAUCAGCACCACCUUGUCAGAAACCGCUCCGGACCCUCCCCCCUACCCAACCUUAGGCCUACAUCAGCACCACCUUGUCAGAAACCGCUCCGGACCCUCCCCCCUACCCAACCUUAGGCCUACAUCAGCACCACCUUGUCAGAAAAUCCUAGGGAGAGCCCUGAUUGUACAUUUACAUUUAUUUCUAGUUGGCUACUGAAGAGCAGCCAAUGACCAAGUACCCAUAACAGUCUAUAGUAUACCGUUCCUACUGAGACAUUCUUCUGCCAACAUCCAUUAUUAGGCAUCAAAAGGUGCUUUUGUCUAUGAUUUGAGCAGUGUGGGUGUUGCACGUGCACUGUUGUGGGGUGGCAGGUAGCCUACCGGUUAAGAGCGUUGGGCCAGUAACCGAAAGGCCGCUGGUUCAAAUCCCAGAGCUGACUAGGUGAAAAAUCUGUCUGGGCCGCUGAGCAAGGCACUUAACCCUAAUUGCGCCUGUAAGUCGCUCUGGAUAAGAGCGUCUGCUAAAUGACAAACAAAUAUUUUAAAAUCUGUGGGGCCGGGGGUGCUGGCGCCGUGCUGAAGUGGUUGGCAGGUCUGUAAUUUAAAAGGCAAAACCAAUCCUAGAUCUCCAUUCCUACUGAGACACUUUGGGAUUUUGGGACUAGAAUUGUAAUGGGGGUUGGAGGCUAGGAGCACGUUGAUUAGUCACGGGAUACAGCAGGUAUAAACAGUACAGAGAGAUGCUGACUAACAGGCUCUUCCUCAACAAUGCAGUGUUCAGUAUGAAAGGUAACAAGAUAGAGAAUGACAGUAUGAUUGUCACACAAGGUGACAUGUUUACCUUUCUCCUGUAGAACAUGAUCACAGGCACGGCUCAGCUGGACGGCUGCAUCCUGGUGGUGGCGGCCACGGACGGACAGAUGCCCCAGACCAGGGAGCACCUCCUGCUGGCCCGGCAGAUCGGCGUGGAGCACGUGGUGGUGUUUGUGAACAAAGCGGAUGCAGUGGAGGACAAGGAGAUGCUGGAGCUGGUUGAGCUGGAGAUCAGAGAGCUGCUCACAGAGUUUGGCUACGACGGCGAGAACACGCCCGUUGUCAUCGGCUCGGCCCUCUGUGCCCUGGAGGUGAGUGCAUGGUACGAGGUAGGGUUGUGGCGGUGGCCGAAUAACCUCACAACUUCGGAUAGGCUAUCAGCUCGCUGGCAAGGUUGAUCGAUUUUUAUUUUAUUUGACCGUUUUUAAAAUACAUACUGUUGCUUCAGCCAUGUUGGUACUAUUAUACAGACAUACAAAAAAAAUAUCAAUUUUAAAAACCAAAAAGUCAACUGACUUAUUUCAAUGUGGUCCUUUUAGGUAGACUCGCAAAUCCGCCUGAUCCCGCGAGCUUCCAUUAAACGCGAGCUUCCAUUAAACGCUGCAGGGAUAUCAGUCUGGUAGGGCUGUGAUGACCUGAGCCACGCCUUUUCUCUCACUGUUGCUUUGGACUAAUCAGCAUCCUCUGAUGAACUAUGGGAGUGGUUUAGUCCCGUGUAGCUCAGUUGGUAGAGCAUGGCGCUUGCAACGCCAGGGUUGUGGGUUCGAUUCCCACGGGGGGCCAGUAUGAUUAUUAUUAUUUUUUUAAAUGUAUGCACUCACUAACUGUAAGUCGCUCUGGAUAAGAGCAUCUGAUAAAUGACUAAAAUGUUUAGUUGAUGACAGGCAGUAGACAACAGGAAACAACGCAUAGGUGAUGGCUAAAUAUAAAGCUUUACAUGAGUCUGAACUCUGCUAAAUAAACUCUGCUCUUUUAUCAGACCUGCUCCAUUCUGUGUGAAAGCAUAUCAUCUAAAUUACGAGAUGGUUCAAUAAAGUGUAGGCUCAGGUUACUGUAUCAAGACGGUCUCUGUAUUGAAUCUGAUGCAGUACCCUAAUCUUUAUCAUCGCCAUGGCUUGGCAAAAACAUUAGGUGCCUACUAUAUUUAUAAUAGUCUCACAUUGACAUUUCUAUAUUUAUCUGCCUUUGGCUCAUAUAGCCUAUUGUCCUGGUAGAUAUGCCUUUCUCUCUUGAAAGAUGAUAAGUGCUUGUGUUACUUCUGAAAAAUGCAGCACUGUGGCUUCUUUUUUUCUGAUUGCUUGGUGAUCCAAUCACUUUUGAAUUUGUUCUGUGCAACGCCUCAGCUCAAACGGAAUCCCUUCCAGACAGACAGUGCAGCUGUAAUCAAUCUGAUAAUUUGUGCAGCGGUAAAACCUUACCUGUUGUCUCACCUCGUCUAACCUCCCCUCCCCAGAACAAACAGCCUGACCUGUUGUCUCACCUCGUCUAACCUCCCCUCCCCAGAACAAACAGCCUGACCUGGGGGUGAACGCAGUGCUGAAGCUCCUAGAGAUCGUGGAUGAAUACGUCCCUCUGCCCAAGAGAGAGCUGGAGAAACCCUUCCUGCUGCCCAUCGAGGGAGUCUACUCUAUCCCAGGUGACUGAGAAGUAGCUGAAAUUGUAAAGAGAAACUAGAUUUCUCAUUAAGUUAAAAAGCUGUGUUGCCACUAGGUGGAUUCCUCUCCUUACUAUAUGUCAUCGACCUGACUCAUUGUUAUCCAUUUAACAUGACAUCAUUCAGAAGCAGUGCAGCGAUGAAUUCAAGCUCGUGCACUGUGCUCUUCAGAUGGUGUUUCCUAGUGAAAACAUGACAAUAGAUGUUAAAACGCUGCAAUAGGAUCCCACUGUCCCUGCCUCAUUGCUAGGCUCAUCCCAGUGUUUGACAACAGUUUCCGUAGCCACUGAGCUUUCUUCAUAAAAUAAUCUUUGACAUUAGUCAGUCUGCUAUGUUUGUGCAGCAUGUGUUUUGUGACUGGAACAACAUGCCUGUUUUCUGUACAUCUGUGUAGGAAUAAACAGUGUAUCUAUAACAUGCAGUUUUCCUCUCACUGUCUUUGUGUGACUUAGUAAGAGUGACUCUUUGGAAGCACUUGUAUCAGUUUCCUUUGUACCUUUCUGUUUCACCUUUUAUUUUAUUGAUGCACGUAUGAUGUAGUUCAGCCGUCAGCCAUCAUGUCUCUGUUCUGAUCUGUCUGCUGGUGUCUAACCACGUCUCCCUCUGGGUAUCAAAACUAUUUAUUAAACAUGUAUUCAUUCAUCUGUCUUUCAGGCAGGGGUACGGUGGUGACUGGCACUUUGGAGAGGGGCGUCAUUAAGAAGGGCGACGACUGUGAGUUUGUGGGGCACAACCGUGCCUUCAAGUCUGUGGUCACUGGUACGUGAAUGUGGAGGCACACCACUAUAGAAAGGUUGAUUUCAAUUCAUUUCAAACAAUUCAAUUUUUUAUCAUUCAUAGAGCUUUCAUUCUUCACAUUUUAAAGAUGUAGCACAUAGGUAACAGAUGCUGUAAAACUGUGUUCAUAUUACUGUAAUUAUUCCUGUAAGUCCAGUUUAACACUAUAAUUGCUAUUAUUCAUUGUCACAGAAUACGGACAGAACUACCCCUAACCCCUAGUACAGUGUUCUGACAGAACUACCCCUAACCCCUAGUACAGUGUUCUGACAGAACUACCCCUAACCCCUAGUACAGUGUUCUGACAGAACUACCCCUAACCCCUAGUACAGUGUUCUGACAGAACUACCCCUAACCCCUAGUACAGUGUUCUGACAGAACUACCCCUAACCCCUAGUACAGUGUUCUGACAGAACUACCCCUAACCCCUAGUACAGUUUUCUGACAGAACUACCCCUAACCCCUAGUACAGUGUUCUGGCAGAACUACCCCUAACCCCUAGUACAGUGUUCUGACAGAACUACCCCUAACCCCUAGUACAGUGUUCUGGCAGAACUACCCCUAACCCCUAGUACAGUGUUCUGACAGAACUACCCCUAACCCCUAGUACAGUGUUCUGACAGAACUACCCCUAAACCCCUAGUACAGUGUUAGUGACAGUACUACCCCUAACCCCUAGUACAGUGUUCUGACAGAACUACCCCUAACCCCUAGUACAGUGUUCUGCAGAUACUAACCCCUAACCCCUAGUACAGUGUUCUGACAGACUACCCCUAACCCCUAGUACAGUGUUUCUGACAGAACUACCCCUAACCCCUAGUACAGUGUUCUGACAGAACUACCCCUAACCCCUAGUACAGUGUAGUGACAGAACUACCCCUAACCCCUAGUACAGUGUUCUGACAGUACUACCCCUAACCCCUAGUACAGUGUAGUGACAGAACUACCCCUAACACCAAGUUAAAACUACAACAGUAGCUCCACUGCACUUCUUCUAGCACUAAUUACCCACUAAUAAGACUACUGGACAGAGUUACCCAAAAUAGCCCUCUGGUAACCCCUCAACUCCACCUAAAACCUCCAUACACAACUCCAUUCUGAGUCUAAUUGUUCUCCCUUAACUUAACUUCCCUUCACCAUCUCUUUCUUUCCCUCGCUCCCCCUCUCUCCUCCCCAGGCAUUGAGAUGUUCCACCAGUCUCUGGACAGAGCGGAGGCAGGAGAUAACCUGGGUGCUCUGGUCCGAGGGCUGAAGAGGGAGGACAUUAGGAGAGGGAUGGUGAUGAGCAAACCAGGCUCUAUCCAGCCUCACCAGAAAGUCCAGGCCCAGGUCUGUAUCAUAUCAUAAAUAAAGUCCAGUUUUGUGUAUCAUAUCAUGUAAUAAAGUAAGUCCAGGUCUGUAUCAUGUAAUAAAUAAAGUCCAGGUCUGUAUCAUGUAAUAAAUAAAGUCCAGGUCUGUAUCAUGUAAUAAAUAAAGUCCAGGUCUGUAUCAUAUCAUAAAUAAAGUCCAGGUUUGUGUAUCAUAUCAUGUAAUAAAUAAAGUCCAGGUCUGUAUCAUGUAAUAAAUAAAGUCCAGGUCUGUAUCAUGUAAUAAAUAAAGUCCAGGUCUGUAUCAUGUAAUAAAUAAAGUCCAGGCCCAGGUCUGUAUCUUCAGCUAGCAGCUCUAGAGGAGUGUGAACUGUUGGUGUACCGCAUACGUAGUGUUGUAGUCUAGUACUCCAGUAUAUAGGUCUAGUGUACUGUAGUACUCCCAGUAUAUAGGUCUAGUGUACCAUAGUGUUGUAGUCUAGUACUCUACUACAUAGGUCUAGUGUACCAUAGUGUUGUAGUCUAGUACUCUACUAUAUAGGUCUAGUGUACCAUAGUGUUGUAGUCUAGUACUCUACUACAUAGGUCUAGUGUACCAUAGUGUUGUAGUCUAGUACUCCAGUAUAUAGGUCUAGUAUACCGUAGUGUUGUAGUCUAGUACUGCAGUAUAUAGGUCUAGUGUACCAUAGUGUUGUAGUCUAGUACUGCAGUAUAUAGGUCUAGUAUACCAUAGUGUUAUAGUCUAGUACUGCAGUAUAUAGGUCUAGUGUACCAUAGUGUUGUAAUCUAGUACUGCAGUAUAUAGGUCUAGUGUACCAUAGUGUUGUAAUCUAGUACUGCAGUAUAUAGGUCUAGUGUACCAUAGUGUUGUAGUCUAGUACUGCAGUAUAUAGGUCUAGUGUACCAUAGUGUUGUAGUCUAGUACUGCAGUAUAUAGGUCUAGUAUACCAUAGUGUUGUAGUCUAGUACUCCCAGUAUAUAGGUCUAGUAUACCAUAGUGUUGUAGUCUAGUACUCCCAGUAUAUAGGUCUAGUGUACCAUAGUGUUGUAGUCUAGUACUGCAGUAUAUAGGUCUAGUGUACCAUAGUGUUGUAGUCUAGUACUCCCAGUAUAUAGGUCUAGUGUACCAUAGUGUUGUAGUCUAGUACUGCAGUAUAUAGGUCUAGUGUACCAUAGUGUUGUAGUCUAGUACUGCAGUAUAUAGGUCUAGUGUACCAUAGUGUUGUAGUCUAGUACUCCAGUAUAUAGGUCUAGUGUACCGUAGUGUUGUAGUCUAGUACUGUAGUAUAUAGGUCUAGUAUACCGUAGUGUUGUAGUCUAGUACUCCCAGUAUAUAGGUCUAGUGUACCGUAGUGUUGUAGUCUAGUACUCCCAGUAUAUAGGUCUAGUGUACCAUAGUGUUGUAGUCUAGUACUGCAGUAUAUAGGUCUAGUGUACCAUAGAGUUGUAGUCUAGUACUGCAGUAUAUAGGUCUAGUGUACCAUAGUGUUGUAGUCUAGUACUCCCAGUAUAUAGGUCUAGUGUACCAUAGUGUUGUAGUCUAGUACUGCAGUAUAUAGGUCUAGUGUACCAUAGUGUUGUAGUCUAGUACUCCCAGUAUAUAGGUCUAGUGUACCAUAGUGUUGUAGUCUAGUACUGCAGUAUAUAGGUCUAGUGUACCAUAGUGUUGUAGUCUAGUACUGCAGUAUAUAGGUCUAGUGUACCAUAGUGUUGUAGUCUAGUACUCCAGUAUAUAGGUCUAGUGUACCGUAGUGUUGUAGUCUAGUACUGUAGUAUAUAGGUCUAGUAUACCGUAGUGUUGUAGUCUAGUACUCCCAGUAUAUAGGUCUAGUGUACCGUAGUGUUGUAGUCUAGUACUCCCAGUAUAUAGGUCUAGUGUACCAUAGUGUUGUAGUCUAGUACUGCAGUAUAUAGGUCUAGUGUACCAUAGUGUUGUAGUCUAGUACUCCCAGUAUAUAGGUCUAGUGUACCAUAGUGUUGUAAUCUAGUACUGCAGUAUAUAGGUCUAGUGUACCAUAGUGUUGUAGUCUAGUACUGCAGUAUAUAGGUCUAGUGUACCAUAGUGUUGUAGUCUAGUACUGCAGUAUAUAGGUCUAGUAUACCAUAGUGUUGUAGUCUAGUACUCUACUAUAUAGGUCUAGUGUACCAUAGUGUUGUAGUCUAGUACUCCCAGUAUAUAGGUCUAGUGUACCAUAGUGUUGUAGUCUAGUACUGCAGUAUAUAGGUCUAGUGUACCAUAGAGUUGUAGUCUAGUACUGCAGUAUAUAGGUCUAGUGUACCAUAGUGUUGUAGUCUAGUACUGCAGUAUAUAGGUCUAGUAUACCAUAGUGUUGUAGUCUAGUACUGCAGUAUAUAGGUCUAGUGUACCAUAGUGUUGUAAUCUAGUACUGCAGUAUAUAGGUCUAGUGUACCAUAGUGUUGUAAUCUAGUACUGCAGUAUAUAGGUCUAGUGUACCAUAGUGUUGUAGUCUAGUACUGCAGUAUAUAGGUCUAGUGUACCAUAGUGUUGUAGUCUAGUACUGCAGUAUAUAGGUCUAGUAUACCAUAGUGUUGUAGUCUAGUACUCUACUAUAUAGGUCUAGUGUACCAUAGUGUUGUAGUCUAGUACUCCCAGUAUAUAGGUCUAGUGUACCAUAGUGUUGUAGUCUAGUACUGCAGUAUAUAGGUCUAGUGUACCAUAGAGUUGUAGUCUAGUACUGCAGUAUAUAGGUCUAGUAUACCAUAGUGUUGUAGUCUAGUACUCCAGUAUAUAGGUCUAGUGUACCAUAGUGUUGUAGUCUAGUACUCCCAGUAUAUAGGUCUAGUAUACCAUAGUGUUGUAGUCUAGUACUCCCAGUAUAUAGGUCUAGUGUACCAUAGUGUUGUAGUCUAGUACUGCAGUAUAUAGGUCUAGUGUACCAUAGUGUUGUAGUCUAGUACUCCCAGUAUAUAGGUCUAGUGUACCAUAGUGUUGUAGUCUAGUACUGCAGUAUAUAGGUCUAGUGUACCAUAGAGUUGUAGUCUAGUACUGCAGUAUAUAGGUCUAGUAUACCAUAGUGUUGUAGUCUAGUACUCCAGUAUAUAGGUCUAGUGUACCAUAGUGUUGUAGUCUAGUACUCUACUAUAUAGGUCUAGUGUACCGUAGUGUUGUAGUCUAGUACUCUACUAUAUAGGUCUAGUGUACCAUAGUGUUGUAGUCUAGUACUCCCAGUAUAUAGGUCUAGUAUACCAUAGUGUUGUAGUCUAGUACUCCCAGUAUAUAGGUCUAGUGUACCAUAGUGUUGUAGUCUAGUACUGCAGUAUAUAGGUCUAGUGUACCAUAGUGUUGUAGUCUAGUACUCCCAGUAUAUAGGUCUAGUGUACCAUAGUGUUGUAGUCUAGUACUGCAGUAUAUAGGUCUAGUGUACCAUAGUGUUGUAGUCUAGUACUGCAGUAUAUAGGUCUAGUGUACCAUAGUGUUGUAGUCUAGUACUCCAGUAUAUAGGUCUAGUGUACCGUAGUGUUGUAGUCUAGUACUGUAGUAUAUAGGUCUAGUAUACCGUAGUGUUGUAGUCUAGUACUCCCAGUAUAUAGGUCUAGUGUACCGUAGUGUUGUAGUCUAGUACUCCCAGUAUAUAGGUCUAGUGUACCAUAGUGUUGUAGUCUAGUACUGCAGUAUAUAGGUCUAGUGUACCAUAGUGUUGUAGUCUAGUACUCCCAGUAUAUAGGUCUAGUGUACCAUAGUGUUGUAGUCUAGUAUUGCAGUAUAUAGGUCUAGUGUACCAUAGUGUUGUAGUCUAGUACUGCAGUAUAUAGGUCUAGUGUACCAUAGUGUUGUAGUCUAGUACUCCAGUAUAUAGGUCUAGUGUACCGUAGUGUUGUAGUCUAGUACUGUAGUAUAUAGGUCUAGUAUACCGUAGUGUUGUAGUCUAGUACUCCCAGUAUAUAGGUCUAGUGUACCAUAGUGUUGUAGUCUAGUACUCUACUAUAUAGGUCUAGUGUACCGUAGUGUUGUAGUCUAGUACUCUACUAUAUAGGUCUAGUGUACCGUAGUGUUGUAGUCUAGUACUCCCAGUAUAUAGGUCUAGUAUACCAUAGUGUUGUAGUCUAGUACUCCCAGUAUAUAGGUCUAGUGUACCAUAGUGUUGUAGUCUAGUACUGCAGUAUAUAGGUCUAGUGUACCAUAGUGUUGUAGUCUAGUACUCCCAGUAUAUAGGUCUAGUGUACCAUAGUGUUGUAGUCUAGUACUGCAGUAUAUAGGUCUAGUGUACCAUAGUGUUGUAGUCUAGUACUGCAGUAUAUAGGUCUAGUGUACCAUAGUGUUGUAGUCUAGUACUCCAGUAUAUAGGUCUAGUGUACCGUAGUGUUGUAGUCUAGUACUGUAGUAUAUAGGUCUAGUAUACCGUAGUGUUGUAGUCUAGUACUCCCAGUAUAUAGGUCUAGUGUACCGUAGUGUUGUAGUCUAGUACUCCCAGUAUAUAGGUCUAGUGUACCAUAGUGUUGUAGUCUAGUACUGCAGUAUAUAGGUCUAGUGUACCAUAGUGUUGUAGUCUAGUACUCCCAGUAUAUAGGUCUAGUGUACCAUAGUGUUGUAGUCUAGUAUUGCAGUAUAUAGGUCUAGUGUACCAUAGUGUUGUAGUCUAGUACUCCAGUAUAUAGGUCUAGUGUACCGUAGUGUUGUAGUCUAGUACUGUAGUAUAUAGGUCUAGUAUACCGUAGUGUUGUAGUCUAGUACUCCCAGUAUAUAGGUCUAGUGUACCAUAGUGUUGUAGUCUAGUACUGCAGUAUAUAGGUCUAGUAUACCAUAGUGUUGUAGUCUAGUACUGCAGUAUAUAGGUCUAGUAUACCAUAGUGUUGUAGUCUAGUACUCCCAGUAUAUAGGUCUAGUGUACCAUAGUGUUGUAGUCUAGUACUGCAGUGUAUAUAGGUCUAGUAUACCAUAGUGUUGUAGUCUAGUACUCCCAGUAUAUAGGUCUAGUGUACCAUAGUGUUGUAGUCUAGUACUGCAGUAUAUAGGUCUAGUGUACCGUAGUACUCCAGUAUAUACAGUGGGGGGGAAAAGUAUUUAGUCAGCCACCAAUUGUGCAAGUUCUCCCACUUAAAAAGAUGAGAGAGGCCUGUCAUUUUCAUCAUAGGUACACGUCAACUAUGACAGACAAAUUGAGAGAAAAAAAUCCAGAAAAUCACAUAGUAGGAUUUUAAAUUAAUUUAUUUGCAAAUUAUGGUGGAAAAUAAGUAUUUGGUCACCUACAAACAAGCAAGAUUUCUGGCUCUCACAGACCUGUAACUUCUUCUUUAAGAGGCUCCUCUGUCCUCCACUCGUUACCUGUAUUAAUGGCACUUGUUUGAACUUAUCAGUAUAAAAGACACCUGUCCACAACCUCAAACAGUCACACUCCAAACUCCACUAUGGCCAAGACCAAAGAGCUGUCAAAGGACUUCAGAAACAAAAUUGUAGACCUGCACCAGGCUGGGAAGACUGAAUCUGCAAUAGGUAAGCAGCUUGGUUUGAAGAAAUCAACUGUGGGAGCAAUUAUUAGGAAAUGGAAGACAUAUAAGACCACUGAUAAUCUCCCUCGAUCUGGGGCUCCACGCAAGAUCUCACCCUGUGGGGUCAAAAUGAUCACAAGAACGGUGAACAAAAAUCCCAGAACCACACGGGGGGACCUAGUGAAUGACCUGCAGAGAGCUGGGACCAAAGUAACAAAGCCUACCAUCAGUAACACACUACGCCGCCAGGGACUCAAAUCCUGCAGUGCCAGACGUGUCCCCCUGCUUAAGCCAGUACAUGUCCAGGCCCGUCUGAAGUUUGCUAGAGUGCAUUUGGAUGAUCCAGAAGAGGAUUGGGAGAAUGUCAUAUGGUCAGAUGAAACCAAAAUAUAACUUUUUGGUAAAAACUCAACUCGUCGUGUUUGGAGGACAAAGAAUUAUGAGUUGCAUCCAAAGAACACCAUACCUACUGUGAAGCAUGGGGGUGGAAACAUCAUGCUUUGGGGCUGUUUUUCUGCAAAGGGACCAGGACGACUGAUCCGUGUAAAGGAAAGAAUUAAUAGGGCGGCAGGUAGCUUAGUGGGUAAGAGCGUUGUGCCAGUAACCGAAAGGUCGCUGGUUCUAAUCCCCGAGCCGACUAGGUGAAAAAUCUGUCGAUGUGCCCUUAAGCAAGGCACUUAACCCUAAUUGCUCAUGUAUGUCGCUCUGGAUAAGAGCGUCUGCUAAAUGACUAAAAUGUAAAUGUAAACACCAUACCUACUGUGAAGCAUGGGGGUGGAAACAUCAUGCUUUGGGGCUGUUUUUCUGCAAAGGGACCAGGACGACAGAUCCGUGUAAAGGAAAGAAUGAAUGGGGCCAUGUAUCGUGAGAUUUUGAGUGAAAACCUCCUUCCAUCAGCAAGGGCAUUGAAGAUGAAACGUGGCUGGGACUUUCAGCAUGACAAUGAUCCCAAACACACUGCCCGGGCAACGAAGGAGUGGCUUCGUAAGAAGCAUUUCAAGGUCCUGGAGUGGCCUAGCCAGUCUCCAGAUCACAACCCCAUAGAACAUCUUUGGAGGGAGUUGAAAGUCUGUGUUGCCCAGCGAUAGCCCCAAAACAUCACUGCUCUAGAGGAGAUCUGCAUGGAGGAAUGGGCCAAAAUACCAGCAACAGUGUGUGAAAACCUUGUGAAGACUUACAGAAAACGUUUGACCUGUGUCAUUGCCAACAAAGGGUAUAUAACAAAGUAUUGAGAAACUUUUGUUAUUGACCAAAUACUUAUUUUCCACCAUAAUUUGCAAAUAAAUUCAUAAAAAAUCCUACAAUGUGAUUUUCUGGAUAUUUUUUUCUAAUUUUGUCUGUCAUAGUUGACGUGUACCUAUGAUGAAAAUUACAGGCCUCUCUCAUCUUUUUAAGUGGGAGAACUUGCACAAUUGGUGGCUGACUAAAUACUUUUUUCCCCCCACUGUAGGUCUAGUGUACCAUAGUGUUGUAGUCCCAGUAAAUCGUUUUCUGAAAUAAUUGUUAUUUUAUUCAGCGUAUUACAUUUGACUAUAUUAAGUUGGUCAAAUUAAAUGCAUGUCUAUCUACAGUUAUGGGAUAGUAUUUGUGGCCCAUGCCUGUCUACAGUUAUGGUAUAUUAUUUGUGGUAUAUAAAAUAUAUAUAUAUAUGUGUGUGUGUGUGUGUGUGUGUAUUCUUGUAGUCCAAAGUUAGGAUAUGAUAUGUUCUUUAAUUGAAUUUCAAUGGAAUGAAUGUAAAAUCUGUCAUAAAAACAUCUCUUCAUCCCAGGUCUAUGUCCUGAGCAAGGAGGAGGGUGGCAGACACAAGCCCUUUGUCAGUAACUUUAUGCCAGUCAUGUUCUCUCUCACCUGGGACAUGGCCUGCAGGGUCCACCUGGCAGGAGACAAGGUACGUGACUAUCUGUCACCUUUUGAAAUGGUCAAUCUUUUUCACUAAUGUGAUUUGUGUAUUAUAAUGUAGUGUGCCCCAUUGUCCAGGGCUGUGUUUUACCCUCUGUGAGGAAAGACUGAUCCUCUUCUCCUCUAACAGGACAUGGUGAUGCCAGGUGAAGACACAUCCCUGACCCUUACGCUGCGCCAGCCUAUGAUUCUGGAGAAAGGUCAACGGUUCACUCUCAGAGAUGGCAACAAAACUAUUGGCACCGGCCUGGUUACUGACAUACUGACCACCACAGAAGAAGACCAACACAACUGGGGCUAAGGAGAGAGGAGAAAAUAUGGGAGGGAAGGAAGUAUCUAUCUGUCCAAUAUAUCGGUCUUUAGACAUACACACACACACAGCAGUAAGGAGCUGCUGAGACUGCAUGGCUCUCUGCUUUACUGACCAACCAGAAGACCCACAAUGAGAUGUUCUGAGUUGUCUUUCUGUGAAAAGGCCAGACUGUCAUUGUCUGCUUGUGUAAUAAAAUGUAUUUAAUAGUAAAACAUCCUGCCUGUUUUCAGAUCUACUUCAUUGUUUGGUGACUUUGUAUAAUAAAGGUUUAGAUUUGGGUAGCAAUAGCCACCUGAACUAGCUGCUUGAUGUAGCAUUUUGAAACUAUUAAAAUA